CAGAAUCUCAGUUUCAUUUUCAUGUUAUUUUAUUUACCCUUCUUUGCAUGCCACAUGUCGAGCAAAGUAUCAAAUCGAAGGUUCUGCUUCUGCACUUUAUCAUGCUGAAUUAACCAAGUUUUCGAAGGUGCCAAACUUCAACACGUAGAGGACCAACCUGGUUCCGUUCUUACAAGUUACUAGUUUGUGCAUAUGAUGUUUCUCUUUCAAGCAAAAUGCAUUAAACAAAUGGAAGGUUUGACUCAAAGGUGUAUUUUCAGAUGGUCUCUUACACCCUAUGCUCGUUACUCCGAUACUUCUCAAAAGAAGUCUAAGCUUGCUCCUUUGCAGGAGAGACGAAUGAUAGACAAGUGUAAGAUAUUUGCAAAAGCAGGUGAUGGCGGUAGUGGUUGCUCCAGCUUGCGCAAGGGAAGACCCGAUGGUGGCAAUGGUGGGAAAGGUGGUGAUGUGAUUCUGGAAUGCUCUCCCAGAGUUUGGGACUUCAGUGGUUUGCAGCGUCAUCUGAUAGCCGAGAAAGGAGGACAUGGAUCAUCAAAAAAAUUGAUAGGUAGCAGGGGUGCUGAUAAGGUUGCCCGUGUACCCCUUGGCACUGUACUUCAUCUUGUCAAUGGUGAUAUUCCCUCUGUUGUCAAAACUCAAUCCUCGACUGAUGUAGACCCUUGGGAUAUUCCUGGGGCACUUGUUAAUGAUCUUCCUGACCCUGGCUAUAAUUCUACCUCCACUGAUACAAGAGGAGAAUUAAAAGCAACACAUUCUAUUGGCUGCUCCUUAACGCAAGCUGAAGAAACAAAUGCUAAGAAAUCCAGACAUGCUGCAUCAACAGAUGCAUUCUCUCAACUCUCCACUUUUGACGGAGCUCCUGAAUUUUGUACAAAGGAUAUAGAAGAGAACCAAGAGAUAAUAUACAAUGUUGCUGAGUUAACUGAAGAAGGUCAACAAAUUGUCAUUGCUCGUGGAGGAGAGGGUGGUUUGGGCAAUGUGGCUAGUUCCAAAGAUUCUAGGAAAUCUAUGACUAUGAAGGGAGGAUCUUGUCAAUCAAUACCUAAUCUUCGGGAUCCUAACAGUAUCCACUCCUCUCUGCAUGCAGGUUUACCUGGUGUUGAGACCGUUCUUAUAUUAGAACUGAAGAGUAUUGCUGAUGUAAGCUUUGUUGGAAUGCCUAAUGUUGGUAAAAGCACUUUACUUGGGGCUAUAUCAAGGGCUAAGCCCGCUGUUGGUGACUAUGCGUUUACUACUCUUAGGCCAAAUUUGGGGAAUCUAAACUAUGAUGAUCUCUCAAUUACCGUGGCUGAUAUUCCUGGGCUUAUAAAAGGUGCACACCAAAAUCGUGGACUCGGGCAUGCAUUUCUGCGCCACAUAGAGCGCACAAAGGUUCUUGCUUAUGUGGUAGACUUGGCUGCUGCUUUAAAUGGGAGGAAGGGAAUUCCGCCCUGGGAACAACUGAGAGAGUUAAUUCUAGAGCUAGAGUACCAUCAAGACGGUUUGUCCAAUCGACCAUCCCUGAUAAUUGCAAAUAAGAUUGACGAGGAGGGUGCAAGUGAAGUAUAUAAGGAGUUAAAGAGAAGGGUACAGGGUGUUCCCAUCUUUCCUGUAUGUGCUGUUUUGGGGGAAGGCAUAGCAGAUCUUAAAGCUGGCCUUAAAAUGCUUGUCAAUGCUGAAACAUCAUAUAAACUUUGCCUAGAUCAAAUUUUGAUUGCUUAGAUAAUUAUUGAGAACUUUUCUCAAAAUCUAAAGAUAAUCAGGGUUCAUCUAUGGGAAUGGAAAAAAAAGAUCCGAAUAUUUUUUAUCCUUAUUUUCAUAGCUCUCAACGUGGAAGUGUAAAAGUGGUUUCAAAGAUGAAUUUCCAUUUUUAAGAACGACAAA